AUGAUGUCGUUGAUUCCACAGUUUCACCGUGGUGGUCUCUCGGCGAUUAGUCGUAUACUUGAUAACUAUGAGAAUAUGUUCUCCAACCUAGAGGGCCAUCAAGCAUACGCACCGUCUUUUGACGUUCGCGAGACCGAAAAGGCCUAUUACCUCGAUGGUGACCUACCUGGCGUUCAACAGAAAGAUCUAAAAAUUGAAUUUGAAAAUGAGCAUUGCCUGAAUAUCAAGGCCCACAGUGAGCGGGAAUCUACUUCUGAAAAUGGGUCAUGGUGGGUAUCGGAAAGGUCUGUGGGAGAUUUCCGACGGACAUUUAACUUCCCAGCCACCAUCGACCAAGACCAUACUCAAGCUCACCUGAAAAAUGGGGUUCUGUCUUUGGAGGUCCCUAAAAUAGCUGAGACCCACAAUAGGAAGAAAGUCGACAUUCUCGAUUAA